AUGGUGAAUUGUAACCCAGUUUCGACACCAGCAGAGGCGAGCGUCAAACUGGACAAGUCCAUGUCUCCGGCGACACAGGAGAAGAUGCGCGAAAUAAAAGAGAUUCCUUACCAGGAAGCAGUGGGGUGUCUCACCUAUCUGGCGCAGGCAACGCGGCCGGACAUCAGUUUCGCAGUAAACCAUAUCAGCCAAUUCAACGCGAAUCCCGGACGUAGCCACUGGAACGCUGUCAAGCGUAUCAUGAGGUACUUGCGAGGCACGCGUUCGCAACGUCUAACGUAUUCGAAGCAGAAUAGCACAGGCUUGGUUGGCUUCACAGAUGCCGAUUGGGGAGGAGAACCGGACUCCAGAAAAUCCACCACCGGAUACGUCUUUACGUUCAUGGGAGGAGCUGUGUCGUGGAACGUCAAACGUCAACCAACAGUCGCAUUGUCCUCGUGCGAAGCGGAAUAUAUCGCGCUUUCCCUCACAGUCCAGUUGCAGAUUUUCGGCAUGCAUCAGAUUCCCAUCCGAUGUGACAACAAAUCAGCCAUCUGUAUCGCUCAGAACCAAGGGUACAAUCCACGAACAAAGCAUCUAGACAUCAGGUAUCAUUUCGUCCGAGAUGUCCUGGAUCAAGGAGUAGUGGAGCUGGGAUAUGUGAACACGAAGCAGCAGCCCGCUGAUGGGUUCACAAAGGCCCUGGCAAUCCGGAAGCUGGAAGAAAAUAAAAGGUUAAUUGGAUUCGUUGCUUAA